CCAUGAGCACCCGCGAACUCGAGCCCAAAUUGGUUUCAGACCAUGAAAUUAAAUAACCUUGAAAAACGAUGUCAAUAUCCGAACUGAACUUGAGAAAUCUAAAUAAACGUCCUUCCUUGCCUAGCCAAUAACAUUAUAAAAUUACUUGUUAUACUCUGUUUCUGCUUCUACUACUGCCAUAUUCCACAGUCAACAUAGUAACAAUCAGAGACAAAGGGACAAGCUAUGACUUCAGAAACCGAUCAAUUCUUUUUGGGAUUUUGACCAGUCAACUUAAGGAAGAAAAGUUCUCUUCUUCCACUUCUUUGGUGUAUAUAUAUCUGUGCUUGCUUUCAGUUUGAAGACGGAACAAAUUCACAAGAUUGUAGUCAUUUAUUAUAUACAGUGUUUUGUUCGUUUUGAUAGUUUAGAGAGAGGAGAAAGGAAAUGGGUUGGAGAGGGAUUUUGGGUUUUGAAUAUGGGAUUGUACAGGCACCUUUGGGACCUGAUAUUUCUGGUCCUGAUCUCGUAGCUGCUGUGGCUAAUGCUGGUGGACUUGGCUUCCUCAGAGCUCCCGAUUGGGAGUCACCUGAUUACUUGCGCGGAUUGAUAAGGAAAACUCGGACUUUAACUGAUAAACCCUUUGGAGUUGGUGUUGUUCUGGCAUUUCCCCAUGAGGAAAAUGUAAAUGCUAUACUGGAUGAGAAGGUAGCAGUUUUGCAAGUUUAUUGGGGCGACUGUUCAGAGGAGCUUGUACUCAAGGCUCAUCAGGCUGGAGUCAAGGUUGUUCCCCAAGUUGGGAGUUUUGAAGAUGCCAAAAAGGCCAUCAGUGUUGGUGUUGAUGCAAUUAUUGUCCAAGGACGAGAAGCUGGAGGGCAUGUAAUUGGACAGGAAGGCUUAAUUUCAUUGUUGCCAAGGGUAGUUGAUCUUGUUGGUGAUCACGGUAUACCUGUAAUUGCUGCUGGUGGUAUUGUUGAUGCGCGUGGCUAUGUUGCUGCUCUGGCCCUUGGUGCUCAAGGGGUCUGUCUAGGCACUAGGUUUGUUGCAACUGAGGAAAGCUAUGCUCAUCCAACAUACAAGAGGAAUUUGAUUGAGCUCAACAAAACUGAGUACACAAAUGUGUUUGGCCGGGCCAGGUGGCCUAAUGCACCGCAACGUGCUCUGGUAACACCUUUCUUCGAUGAAUGGAAAUCUCUUCCACCUCAUGAGAAUGAGGUCAAUCAGCCUGUCAUUGGUCAUGCAACAAUAAAUGGCGAGGAAAAAGAGAUUCGCCGUUUUGGGGGCACCGUUCCGAAUAUGACAGCAACUGGUGACAUAGAAAGCAUGGCAAUGUAUGCUGGUCAAGGUGUUGGCCUUAUUAAUGAAAUUCUUCCUGCAAGUGAAGUGGUUAAAAGGCUAGUCGAAGGAGCUCAACAACUCAUCCAGAAAGAAUUCAGUGGCCUGUAGUUCAAGGAUGGCUGGCCUAACUGGAUUUGCAAUAAUCUGCAUAAUUUAUAUAUAUAUGACCAAAAGUUUGAGAUCCUGUCAUGUUGAAGAGAUCAUAGAAAAAUAAUUGAACUACUUAAAAUUUCUUUACAA